AUGAAGACAAUACCAAUAAUAUUCCGUUCAUAUGAUAAAGUAAAAAAAAAACAGGAACAGCUUUUUUCAAUUGCUAGAUUCCAAAAAUCACUUUUGUUAUUGAGAUCCCGCGGUUACAAAGGGGGAUAAUCUAACGGUUAAAAAAUACAACAGAGUGUGGCAAUAUUUCAAGUUAGAUCAGAAGUACUAGGUAUUCAGUUAAUCACAAGGAUGGAUACUUAUCUUAUUAUCACGACUUGGAGACUUGCAAGAAUGGUGGAUAAGUGA